AUGUUGAAUCCUUUCCAAAUUAGAGAUCUCCAUGGAUCUCCAUCACAUACAUCCGCGCAGCCCUCGUCAUCGGGACUGGCGUCGCCCAGAACUCGCCGGGGCAUCGUACAGCUAUCUGCCAACGACUACGAUGACCUCAGUUCGACCCACCCCCGGGCACGCCUGACUUAUCUCGAUGACGACGAUGGUGAACUCAUCACAGUCGGAUCAUCUCUUGAACUCUCACAACGUCUGGACGAGCCUGUUGAGCCCACAGCUGAGCCAGCCUCGGUGUCGCCAACCACCAUCCCCGAACCGAUGCACUUGUUCGAUAUUCGACGGUCAAACUCGGUCACGGAGCUGUGGAAGAAGUUCGAGGUCAAACAAGUCGAGCAAGACGUGCCGGUCACAAAGGCUGCGGACGAGACCCAGACCAAGCCAGCAACUACAGACGCCCCAGCUGCGAGUGCUCCAGCAGAUGUGCCAUCGGGUAUCGAACCCGAGAAUGUCGAUCCCGCUAAGGCGGAUGAAAGUCCGCCGCUGUUGGCCGCCUUCGAGGCUGAAAUGGCCAAGAUCCUGGAUGCUUCCAGGUCUGUGAACGAUGACAACACGCCGGGCGAAUCUUCAGCCGCCCCUCAGGGGCGAACAGAGGCAGAAGCUGCCAGGCCCCAAAACCCCGCUGAUAUGCUGAGAAAUACAUUGCAUAACCUGAUCAACGGUGGUGUCAACGGAACCUUGAACCAAGGGGCGUCGAUCAUCAAUUCUGGCGUGGGGCUAAGUCUGUCGGAGAUUGAAAAGGGUCUUCAAGAUGUCCAAAGACUCAUCCCUCAACACGUGGAAUCAUCGGUGCAGGGAGCUCUCACGCUACUGGAAGCUCGUAUGAGACACUUGACAGACUCUCUCAACAACUCAACUGUCGCCGCUGGGCAGACGCUCCGGGGUGAACUGCCUACAGCCGCAGGUACCGUGGAUAGUCUGCGCGCAAUGGCGUGCGAGCUUGGGAACGUAGGACAUACACUGUUCGAGGCGUUCGAGACCGAGUUUGGUUGCCCAAGAACUAGCAGUCAACCCCAGGCUCCUGAAGAGCAUCAGAGCCAUCCCCCCUCAGAGCACGCGAAGCCUGCUAAACCGUCUGGUGCUGCCUCGGCCGAAGAUACAACUACGGACACCAAAAGUCGGGAUGCUAAGGGCGAGGGCGAAAAGGCUCAAACUAAAGCAAAGGAUCUGGCAACGGAUUCCAAAUCCCAAGAGGGCUCAGACAAGCCUGUUAAGGCGGACAACUCGCGGACGCAGCCGGACUCGCCUCGCAUUCCUUCACCUCUACCAUUCAGUCCGUUCAUCCCUGGAGCCUACCCUCCUCCACCACCACCACCUCCUCCUCCCCACCCUCAUCCUCACCCACCCCCGCCUUUCCAUGAUCUUCCCCCUCACCCUCUAUUUGGUACGGUGCCUCCCCAACACUUCACGUCUUAUCACCACUUCUCGCCUCCUCCGGGACCUCCUCCCCCAUUCUGGCAACCCAGCGAUGCUUUCAAUCCCCCAGGAGCAUUCCCCCCCAGUGGUCCUUUUGCUUAUCCAUCGCCGUCUUCACCACACUCUGUCCCGCAACGACACCCGCACCCGCACCCGCACCCGCAUCCACACACCCAUGGACACCCGCACCGGCGUCAUCAUAAGGGUUGGCCACCAUUUUUGUCCCACCAAGACGUCGCUCAGUCGACCACGAAUAAUUUCUCGCGGCCUAGGCGAGGAGAGCCCGCCACUUCCGAUGCACGCCCCCCUGCUGCCACGGCGUUGUUCGUCGGCAAUGUGGGGUUUAACGUGAAUGAGCAAAUGAUUCACAAUGUUUUUGCCUCGAAGGGAUUCUUGGUCGAAGUGCAGCUGCCCCAGGAUGUUGCAACCGGAACGCAUGCCGGGUUUGGCUAUCUGCAUUUUCCGUCCGUACAUGCAGCGAAGGCAGCCUUGGAAGCCUUGCAGGGCACGCAUAUCGAUGGGCACGCAAUCAAUCUUGAAUUCAGUGAUCACGUCCCAAUAACACGAGUGCGCUCUGAGGAUUCUCCGUCGCAGAAUGCAUCGAAUCAUCCAGCGCCCGUUCCUGCUAACGAAGCAUCAAAACUAUCCGAGCUUCAAGGCUCAAGCGCUACUUUCGCCAGGUUGGAGCCGACUUUGUCCAAAGACGAUGAGUUUGUCACCAGUAAGCGUUCCGCCCCUUUGAAAGUGGCGGACCUCUGUUCCAGCGACAACCGGAAUCUGGGGAGAGAAGCAUCACCUGUCAAUGGUCUGGCAGUAUCACCUAGUGAUGGUCUGGAGAACUCAUCUCUAGAGGAUGCCGAGAGGCUCAACUCUCUUUACCCUUCCCUGUUGCCUCAAGGUACUCCGGGACCUUCUGGUUCCGAUAAACCUGCGUUUGACCCCGUUUCGGAUCUUGCCCGUAAUUUAGAUGCGUGUCGCUUCCCACCCGUGUCCCAGCUUGAGGCACAUUUCUUAGCUGAACAGCGUCGGCAAGUCGAGUCUUCUGCUGAACAGCCAGUAUCUCUAGGCACAGCGCCCGAGGCCAGCUCCAAGGGUCGCGACGCAAGCAAGGAUGCGACUCUGCAGGGACUUCCUGGUACGUUCCCGCAGGAAGCAAGUGACGCUCUUUUGGCCCGGCCAGAGCCGUCGUCAGAAACUCGUCACAUGCCGGGUGAGACCGAAUUUGGCGCCUCAUUCGGUCCUCGUCGUCAUACUCGGCGCUCAAGGGCCCAGAAGUCAUAUCGUUCCUCUUGGGCAGAUCCUGGCGCCUCUAGAUUCUCAGAAGACAUCCCUCGUGGCCUGUCCAGUCGGAGAACGGAAGGCCAUCGUCACCGGGCCGCUCGAGGGGGUCUCUUUGAGAGCCCUUCAUCCGAGCCUCCGAACUCUGGCUCGAAUGCGCGACAGCGCAGCAUUGAUGACUGCGUGUCCACCUUGGUCAGCUUGGGAUAUGGGGGUGCAAGCGAUGGCGGGCUGCAGAGGAUCGCGGUGUAUGCUGCGGCGGCGGACGGCCGGGUAUCUGAUGCGAUUGAGAUGAUUGAGGAGGAACGAAAGGCCUACGAACAACAGGGAUCCACGAUUUGA